AACAUUAAAUUGAAAUUAGCGCGUAGGAUUCAACGCAUGGCGCAUUCGCGAAAAUAAUGAAAAGUGAACUGGUAUAAAAGACAUUGUAGGCCUAAAAUCAGCAUUAGUUUCACUGUAACAUCCCAGCAAAUAAGCAAAUUCAGCAAAAUGUUCAAGUUUUUCGUUGUUGCCGUUCUUUUGGGAUUAGCCGCUGCCGAUCACAUCAACAAGAAUGCCGAAGCUAGGAAUCUAGUGAACGACGUCAGUCCUGAUGGCCAAUACCGUUAUGGAUUCGAUAGUACCAACGGAAUUUCUGUUCAAUCAGUUGGUAAUGCUGAUGCCGCCCAAGGAUCUUUCUCAUGGGUAUCACCCGAAGGAGAACAUGUACAGAUGGCUUACGUAGCUGAUGCUAAUGGAUACCAACCAACUGGAACACAUAUCCCAACCCCACCACCUGUACCUGAACACGUUUUGCGUGCUUUGGAAUGGAUCCGUACUCAUCCACCAAAGCAAGAGUACGUCCAAUACCAAGCCAGACGUUUCUAAAUUACGGUUGGAGUUACUGCCAUUUAGGAUUGAUAUUGUGUUGUGAAAAUCAAUUCGAAAUAAAUUUAUCUUCAAUAUA